AUGGAUUUUAACCUGCUGACGGACAGCGAGGCCCGCAGCCCGGCGCUGUCGCUCUCUGACUCCGGGACCCCCCAGCACGAGCAGGGAUGUAAGGGUCAGGACACCAGCGACACUGAGAAAUCCCACCAGAACCAGCUGGACGAGUCCAGCGCUGAGGACGGCUCUCUGAAGAAGAAGCAGCGGAGGCAGAGGACACACUUCACCAGCCAGCAGCUUCAGGAGCUGGAGGCCACCUUCCAGAGGAACCGUUACCCAGAUAUGAGCACCCGGGAGGAGAUUGCGGUGUGGACCAACCUCACAGAGGCUCGGGUCAGGGUAUGGUUUAAAAACCGGCGUGCCAAGUGGAGAAAACGCGAAAGGAACCAGCAGGCAGAGCUGUGCAAAAAUGGCUUUGGUGCCCAGUUCAACGGACUCAUGCAGCCCUAUGACGACAUGUACACAGGCUACUCCUACAACAACUGGGCCACCAAGAGCCUAGCAAGCAGCCCACUGUCUGCCAAAAGCUUCCCUUUCUUUAACUCAAUGAAUGUAACCCCCCUGUCAUCCCAGCCCAUGUUCUCCCCCACAAGCUCCAUUCCCUCUAUGAACAUGGCCUCUGGCAUGGUACCCUCAGCGGUGGCUGGAGUUCCUGCCACCGGGCUCAACAACCUGGGGAACCUCAACAACCUCAACAGCCCCACAGCUCUCAACUCUGUGGCGGUGACUGCGGCCACGUGCCCCUACGCCACCACCGCCAGCCCCUACAUGUACAGAGACACCUGUAACUCCAGUCUGGCCAGCCUGCGGCUCAAAGCAAAGCAGCAUGCCAACUUCUCUUACCCUGCAGUCCAGAACCCCGUGUCCAACCUGAGCCCCUGCCAAUAUGCUGUGGAUCGACCCGUAUGAAGGGAAAACUCCUGCAGUGACCCAUCAAACCAGCUUCUCCCCCUCUCCUUCUGUUCCAUCUGUAAACUACCAGGAUGUGACGCAGACUGGAAAUUCAUGUUUUGAUGGCAAACAGAGAAAAAUCCUGCAAACUGAAACCCGAUGGACCACUGUUUUCUCCAGUUUGUGAGACUCUGUUGCUGAACUGACCAACAACUUCAAAGGAUCUUUAAAGAUUAGUGUCGAGAACUAUUUUCCUUCUUGUGAGCUGCAUGAUUAGAGAACACGUAGAAACCAAUCACAACACUGGACUGAUGCUCAGCCCGACAACAGAACUGAUGCAGGAAGAGAGAGACGUGAGGGUGUACAUAAAGGACUUUCUCUGUUUUUGUAUGUGACAAAUAAGAUAUGUAAUAUUCUAAAAAAACGAAAAAAAGAGAGAAAAAGCAUGUUCUUCAAUUCAAAAGACCACAAGUGGACGAUGUUCAUUUAGGGUUUUGUUGUGAAUUCCUCUCAACUCCGGAGGUCACAGGUCAAAGGGCGAGGGCAUUUCUGCAAAGUAAGCACAACCUCAAGCUUUUACACACAGAAGCAACUAUUUCCAUAUAUCAGAAUAACAUUUUCAAGUAAAACUCUAAAAAGCCAUUGAGUAUAGAUUUGUGUGGUGUUACAGUCCACGACUGUAAAAAUGUAUGUAAGAGUGCAGUUGUUCU